UCACUCCCAUUUCUGCCGGGCCCGGUGGGCUGCCGAGGGCGGUCGGUCCCGUCGGUGCAAGGGACGCUCCCGUCCGCCCGGCAAGCCGCGAGCCGCGCUCCGGGCGGGCUGGCUCACGGUGGCCGCGGGCCGCGCACGUCAGGGGAGACACCCGUCAUCGCCGUGAGAUCCCGGCAUAUAUAGGAGAUGCGGGGGCACCGCCGGCCGGUCGCAGCCGCUCCGUGCCGGGCACGGGCUCCGCAGCGCUAUGGCCGCGGCCCCGGCCCGGGCGGCGGGGCGAGCAGGUGAGGGGCGGGCGGCGGGGCCGGGCGGGGGCACACCCGCACCCCGACACUCGCGCCCCGACGCCGCCGCCCUCUCCGCAGGUGCGGUUGCGGCGCUGGCGCUGCUGUGGCUGCUGCUCUGCGCUCCGGGAGACGCCGGCUGUCAUCCACUGACCGUGGCCGAUCUCUUCGACCGGGUGAUCCGGCACUCGGGCAGGAUCCACAGCCUCUCCACGGCGCUCUACGCCGAGCUGGAAAAACACUUUCCUCCCCGUGACAAUGAGCUGGGAAGGCCCGCUCGGAAGUGCCACACGUCGGGGAUGCUGACCCCCAACGGCAAAGAAUACGCACAGAAAAUCCCGAGAGAAGAACUAACUCACGUGAUACUGAAACUUUUGCAAGCCUGGAAAGAACCACUUUCCCACUUCAACCAGCAUAUUGCGCACCAUCAAGAGCUACCUGAUGACAGCCUUAGCAAAGCUAAGCAAAUCAGCAAUAUGGUACAUGAGCUGAAGACUGGAGUCGAGAAAGUAACAGAAAAGAUGCAGUCAAUGGGGAUCAUCAGCAAUUCAUUAAAUGGAAUGGCAUCAUCUGAAGGCACUGGUUUGUCAAUUAGUAAUGAAGCAAACAUGAUGAGUGACUCUGAUUUCAUUCACUGUUUUAGGAGAGAUUCCAAUAAAGUACAAAGCUACUUAAAAAUUCUCAAAUGUAGGAUUAUGCCAGAAAAUAGUUGCUAAAUUGUAAUCCCUUGACAAGUAGUCUUCAGCAUGUUGCUUAUAAAGAUUUAAAAAAAAAAAAGAGACAACUUCUAAAUUAUCACUUUCACAGUAAUUUUAAUAGGAAAGUGUUUUUAAAUCCUUUGGAAGCUGACACAGUUGACCAAUGCAGUUGAAAUACUAAAUAAAGCCUCAUGUGUGUAUGUUGGUUUAUGCACCAAUAAAAAGGAGUGCUCUAGCAUUAGAUAAAUAAAUGUUCUUGCAUGUUA